GAUAAUGUUUUUCUAACAAAAACAACUGCAAACAGUUUCAACUUUAUGAAAAAUGUUUCAAGCUGCAGGCACUGCUGAAAUAAUACGUUCACACCAAAAAGAUGAAAACUUUCUAUCAUCUCUUAGAUCGCUUAUUGUCGACUUAUUCCAGAGGUUUACCAGUCCACAUGUCUGGAUUCGAUGGCGACUCCAUCUAGAUUUAGUAGCUGACCUAAUUUAUUUAAUUAUAACAACAGGCUCAGAGCUGCAGACAGUGGGGGAGGAGUAUGUGAAUAUCAUACAAACAGACAGAACUCUUAGAGCUCUCCCAUCUAAAUGGAGAAGAGCUUUGAUGUUGUUUCUCCAAGUUUGUGCACCCCAUCUUUUUAACCUUUCUUACAAAAAAUGUGAGCACAUGUUAAGAAAUUCAACAGCAAUCAAUCUUAAGCCAGCAACAAGGGAAACAAUCCUUAGUAUCCUUCCCCUGGUUGCUAAGGCAGGAACAAUGAUUCACAGGCUGCACAUGGCUUUGUUUUACAUCAAUGGAGUAUAUUACCAUAUGGCAAAAAGAAUAUCAGGAAUUCACUAUGUACAAUAUAUGGCGAAAGAAAGAAACGCCAGUCUAAUGAGGCCUUUCCAAAUUCUGGGCUACUUGUCCAUAUUUCAGAUCAUCUCUUCAUUACUUCUUCACUUUACUUACCUUGUUAUAGCACUUAGAAAUCAAAAGAGUACCUUGUCAGUGUCAGCUUAUGAGAGAGAGUUGGGUAAUGAAAGUCAGAAACUGUUGCCACAUGAAAAGUGUCCCUUGUGUUUGGGGUGCAGACAGCACAGUACUCUAACACCCUGUGGUCACCUCUACUGCUGGAGAUGUAUACAUGAAUGGUGCCUUACAAAGCAACAGUGUCCCCUAUGUAGAGACCAGUUCACACCUAAUCAAUUGAUUGCCCUUCAGAACUAUGACACACUCAAACAAAAAAAUUAAAGAAGAGUGGCCCUACAAGUGUCUGUGAUAUUUUAUAACAAGUGUUUAUGAGAGAUUUUCCUUUCAACAAUAAAAUAUU